UGCCCGCCCAUGAAUCAUGUCUACUUCUCUCGCUGGCAAAAUUGCCAUUGUGACGGUAUGUCUUGUACGGCGGCGCCGCUGACGACAGGGGGGCGCAUCGGGCAUCGGGCUGGGAAUCGUGCGCGCGUUCCUUGAGGCGGGCGUCGAAGGCCUCACAGUUGUGGACCGGACACAGACGGCGCUGGACGCUCUCAAAAACGACCUUGGCGUUGGGGAGCGCCUGCUUACUGUUUGCGGGGACGUGGUAGAGGAGGCGACUGCACAGGCGUACACGGCGGCGACAGUGCAGAAGUGGGGUCGCGUCGAUGUCGUCGUACUCAACGCGGGAGUUGAGGGUACGUGGCACAUGCUGCACGAGACGCCGCUGGAAGAGUAUGACCGGGUGAUGGACGUGAAUGCGCGUGGAGGUGGGUUUUUGAGAGAUGCGCGCUCACGCAGUCUUCAUCGGGCUCAAGCACGGCCUCAAAGCAUUCCUGGACUCACCGUCCAAGGGCAAGGGGUGCUCAGUCAUCAUCAUCUCUUCUGUCGCGGGUUUGCAGGGUGUGCCGCUUAUCAGCCCAUACACCGCGUCCAAGUUUGCCGUGCGUGGCCUCGCGGCCAUCGCGUCGCAGGAGUAUGGCAAGUUUGGGAUCCGCGUCAAUGCCAUAUGUCCGGGAUUUAUCGAAACGCCAUUUUCCAUGCAGCACCCGGAGCUCCUCGAUGCCAUGAAGGAGAAGGCGAGCUUGCAGCGACUCGGGAGCCCGAAGCACAUUGCCAACGCGGCGCUGUUCUUGGCGAGCGAUGCUGGUGACUUUUGCACCGGCACGACGCUCAAGGUGGACGGCGGGAUCUCGAAUUGGUACUGAGUUAGAGACAGAUGAUGCACUCAGCGUGCCAUGGC